AUGAUUGGCGGACGGCCUGCUCUGCUCGACCCGAUUGCUCCAAGCACGCGUUUAUCUCUGUGUUUCUGUCUGUGUCAUGGAAAAAAUGCUGUACGCCCUAGCGCAGAAGAGGUGCGGCACCGUCGGGACUUGCGGCGGCGCGACGGUGUCACCGAGACGGCCGCCAUCAACGACGACGUUCUGGAGUUGAUCGUUGCUGGCUCCGGCUACCUAUUGGAAGGCAAGUGCGCCGAGGCGGAGGAUGCGCAGGGGAGGAUCGUCCAGCUGAUGGCUGUCUUGCUGCUCCAGGGCACCCUGAGAUACCUCUACCGGGCGGACCCAGCCAGCGACUACGACGGCGACGCCAAGCAUUGGGCCGAGCUCUGGGCGUUCGCCGCGGCUAUCCUGCCGCUCAUCGACGAAUGUUCGGCGGACGUGGCCCACACCGUCAGGUCCAACUCGGACAUCGACAGCGAACACGCCCCGGUGUCCGCCGGCUUGGUCGCCGUGAAGAAGGAGCUCGAGAGCAUCUACUCUUGCUUAGGCAUGACGUGCGACCAGGUCGUUGGCCUGUUGGCCGGCGAUAUGUAG